AUGUCUCUUCUCGGCCUACAGACUGAAAUUCUGCUGCUAAUCGCUCAGGAUUUGGAUCUCCGGGGUUUGAACACCCUCCUCCAAAGCCACUCUGUUCUCUACUCCUCCCUCAACCGUUAUCUCUACGCCUACAAUGUGAAGCAUGGUAAAGGGCCUUUCCCGAGAGCAAAACAUCUCCGGUAUCGAAAACUGCGCCGCUCAUCCAAACCCUCGGAAAGGCAUCCCAUCUCGAAUGCUGCCAAAAACGGCCACACUGCGAUUGUGACCAGAUUACUGGACUGUGGGCUCAAUGUCAAUUACAAGAGUCGUUUCGGUCGGAGCCCGCUCGCAUUGGCAGCGCGCGGCGGGCACUUCGACACGGUCAAGAUGCUUGUGAGCCGCGGCGCCUGUCUGCUUUCUGUUGACUUGGAUGGUCAACGACCCAUCGCGUAUGCGGCACGGCAGGGGCACAACGCCAUCGCGGACUAUCUCCUUGAACGGUUGCGCAGUCGGUACCCGCGUCUCUACUUGACUGCCGAAGCCGACAUCCAGAUCAUGCUACAACACGCUGCGUGGCGGGGAGACGAGGCGCGAGCUAAAUAUCUCCUGUCCAAGGAAGGCGCUGAGAUAGACUUCCAGUUGCCAUUUGAAAGCUGGUCCCCAUUAUGUGCGGUCGUCCAGGGCGCUCCUCUUACUAUGAUAAAGCUUCUGCUGGAGAACGGAGCUAACCCCAAUGCCCGGGAAUCGCCCAAACGGAUCGGAAAUCCCGGUCGCGCUAGGACCCCAAUGCGAUUGGCCAUCCAACACGAGGACAGUUGCGAACUCAUUUCACUAUUACUCCAGCAUGGAGCGAACGCUGGCCAAGACAGUGAUUUAGUUCUGGCUGCUGCGGCUGCAGCAGGAAAGGCGGAUGAGUUCCGCGUAUUAGUGGAGCACGGUGCUGAUAUCGACGACUCCAAACAACAAGCGUCUUUCAUGCGAGCAGCCCUUCGGUCCAACUGUAGGCCUAUUGCGGAUAUGCUGGUUGAAAUCGGUGCAAACCCUAAACGUAGAGUUGGCUGCCGUCUGUACCGCCCGCGACGUCCGGAGCCAGGGUCCAUGAGGACAUCGAGCGGCUCAUUCGUGCUGCGCUGA